CGGCCGCGGCGCCGGGCUCCGAGCGGCGGCGGCGGCACCGGCAGCGGCGGCGGCGGGGCCCGCUCCGGCUCCGCCAUGGCGUCCUGCGCCGACAUCCUCCGCAGCGAGUUCCCUGACCUGGACGGCGAGGUUUUCGCUUACGUGACGGGGAUCCUGCACGGCGGCGGGGCCGACUUCGAGUCGGUGGACGACCUGGUGGAGGCGGUGGGCGAGCUGCUGCGGGAGGUGUCGCAGGACACCAAGGACGACAGUGCCAUCCGGGAGAUCUGCCAGCGCCUCUUCAACACCCUGCAGCUGGAUGAGGCCCAGGCCCAGCGCUGCAGCCAGGUGCUGCUGGACACCCCCAUUCAGCUCUCCCAGAUCGCUGAUGGAUGUGACAGACAUUCAGGCAGCACUUUGUGGAGCCUCUCUGGAGCAGAUGCUCACCAGCCCAAUCAUCUUGUUGCAGCCGAUGCCAGCGCGGACGUGCUGCCGGGGCUGCUGCUGAAGAGAGGCCAGACCUCGAUGGUGAAUGCCAAGAAACUGGAGAAGGCAGAAGCCAGGCUGAAAGCCAAGCAGGACAAGAGGAUGGAACGGGAUUCCUUGAAGUCAUCAAACCCCCUGGUCCUUGAGGAGGCAUCUGCCAGCCAAGCUGCGAGCAAGAAGGAGACUCGCAUGGAGUCAUCAGGCAAGAACAAGUCGUAUGAUGUGCGCAUCGAGAACUUCGAUGUGUCCUUCGGUGAGCGUGUCCUGCUGGCGGGAGCAGACCUGAACCUGGCGUUUGGACGGCGCUAUGGGCUGGUGGGCAGGAACGGGCUGGGGAAGACCACACUGCUGAAGAUGAUCGCCAGCCGGAGCCUGCACAUACCCUCGCACAUCAGCAUCCUCCACGUGGAGCAGGAGGUGGCAGGGGAUGACACGCCGGCGCUGCAGAGCGUGCUGGAGUGCGACACCACUCGUGAGAGCCUGCUGCGGGAGGAGAGAGACCUGACGGCUAAAGUUAAUGCUGGCAGAGGAGAAGGAACAGAAGGUGCCAGGCUAUCGGAGAUCUAUGCAAAGCUGGAGGAGAUUGAGGCAGACAAGGCCCCAGCGAGGGCAUCCGUCAUUCUCGCUGGGCUGGGUUUUAAUGCAAAGAUGCAACAACAGACAACCAAAGAGUUUUCUGGAGGCUGGAGAAUGAGACUGGCCUUAGCCAGAGCCCUGUUUGCCAGGCCAGAUCUCCUUCUCCUGGAUGAGCCAACAAAUAUGCUGGACGUGAGGGCCAUUUUGUGGCUGGAGACCUACCUGCAGACCUGGCAGUCGACCAUCCUCGUGGUGUCCCAUGACAGGAACUUCCUGAACGUGGUAGCCACAGACAUCAUCCACCUGCACUCGCAGCGGCUGGACAUGUACCGUGGGGACUUCGAGAACUUCAUGAAGAUCAAAGAGGAGCGGCUGAAGAACCAGCAGCGAGAGUAUGAAGCCCAGCAGCAGUACCGUGAGCACAUCCAGGUGUUCAUUGACCGCUUUCGCUACAAUGCCAACCGGGCGUCUCAAGUGCAGAGCAAGCUCAAGCUGUUGGAGAAGCUACCAGAGCUGAAACCUGUGGACAAGGAGUCUGAGGUGAUCAUGAAGUUCCCUGAUGGCUUUGAGAAGUUCUCCCCACCAAUCCUGCAGCUGGAUGAAAUAGACUUCUAUUACGACCCAAGUCACUACAUCUUUCAUUCGCUCUCCGUCUCUGCUGACCUGGAGUCCCGCAUCUGUGUGGUUGGGGAAAAUGGAGCUGGCAAGUCGACCAUGCUAAAGAUCUUAAUGGGGGAGCUGGCACCAGUCAGAGGGAUCCGGCAUGCUCACAGAAACCUAAAGAUCGGUUAUUUCAGCCAGCACCAUGUGGAUCAACUGGAUUUGAACAUCAGUGCUGUAGAGUUACUGGCAAGAAAGUUCCCAGGGAAGACGGAGGAGGAGUACCGGCAUCAGCUGGGGAGCUACGGCAUCUCGGGGGAGCUGGCUGUGCGCCCCGUGGCCAGCUUGUCUGGAGGUCAGAAGAGUCGCGUGGCCUUUGCCCAGAUGACCAUGUCCUGUCCAAACUUCUACAUCCUGGACGAGCCAACAAAUCACCUAGACAUGGAGACUAUCGAAGCACUGGCAAAGGCACUGAAUAAAUUCCGGGGUGGUGUAAUUCUGGUGUCCCACAACGAGCGCUUCAUCCACCUGGUGUGCCGGGAGCUAUGGGUCUGUGAGAAUGCCACCGUGACCCGCAUCGAGGGCGGCUUUGAGCAGUACAGAGACAUCCUGAAGGAGCAGUUCCGGAAGGAGGGUUUCCUAUAAGGGAGGCGGGAGCCGGACUGUGCUGGGGCUGGAGGGCGAAGCUCGACCGCCUUGGCAUCCAUCCCAACUGUGCCUGGCAGAGCAGUGAGGAUGCUGCUGCCCGCAUGGACCGUCAGCCAUGCCAUCAAACUGCCACCUGAACUGCUCUCCCCUCCCGGGGCCAGGCGGAAGGACAGCGAGGGAGCAGGAGCCCAAUGCUGUGCAUGUCCAUGGGCACACUGGGGCCUCUGCUGCUGGCCUGGGCUGUGCCUGGUGCUGGGCACACUAGAAAGGCUGUGCCUGGAGCUGCAGCUCUGCCGAGAGGAGGGAAAGAGGUGUCACAACCCGACCCCCCGGUGUCACUCCGUGCUCUGGAGGGCAGGAGAGGAGCUGUUCUCCAUGUUUCUUGGCUUCUCCCUCUGCCUUUUUUAGUUUUCUUUUUUUUUUCAUGUUUAACUGGCUGAACACUAGUCACUAGUCCGGCUCCAUCACAUGCCACCAUCCUCCUGCCACCCUGGAGGGAAACGAGGCUUUUGCUGCUAAAAAUGACCCUGGCCUCUUCCUCCAGCCCCUGAAAGCUGGGGCUUGCUUGGUCCGUCCUCCCCAGGGGCUUGCGUUUGUAGUGCCGAGGGAGCCAGCGCCCGGCUCUGCCUGGGCCCCGCUUCCCUGCGCUCCUUUCCCUGCGCUGCUGCCGGUGCCUCCGCGCCUCAACGCCUGCCUCUGCUUGCAAACCGGCCCUGGGGUGGGCUGUCCCGGGUGGGCUGCCCCGGGGUCCCUCCUGCCCCCCUGCACAGAGGUUGCCGUGUAAAUAAACCCCAGAUGCAGUGGGU